AUGCCCUCGCGCGUGCGGCUGCGGCGCCAGCUGUCGGCCGCCAGGCGGCACAUCCGCCGCGUGGCGAGCUUUGUGUUCCAGGGCUCCCACAUCGAGCGCAACCGCGUGCCCGUGCGGCAGUUUUCUGUGCGCAGCGACCAUGGCGUGCAGGAAGACUCCGACCCCGACCAUCCCAACGCCCUCGCCGCCGAGACCCUCGACGCCGUCGCGCGGCUGCACGCGCUGGAGGAGGAGGAGGAGGACCGCCUCGCGCGCCGCGGCGGCCCCGGGCGCGGCCGCGGCGGCGCGGGGCGGGCGUGGCGCGAGAUCGACCUGACCGGGCUGGGGUUUAGGCGGGCGGGCCGGGACGACGACGAGGCGUCGGAGGAUGAGGAUGAGGGCGUUGAGGUGGAGGAGGUGGCAGUUGAAGAGGUGGAGGAGCAGAUUACUGAAGAUGAGUACGAAGACGAAGACGAGGAAAAGGAGGAGGAGGAGGAGGAGGAGGGGGAGGAGGGGGAGGUUGUGCUGAGGCAGUACAGCGAGGAGGUGGUUGAGGCCGAAAUUGAGACUAAGGCGACAGCGCGCCGCAGCGGCGCCGCCGCCAACGGCACCGGCGCCGCGCUCAAGGGCGCUCACGGGCCGCCGACGCCGGCGCUGUACUACGACCCGCGGGGCGGUGGGCUGGCGCCGCGCGGGGCGCUGGGGGACUAUGCGCCGGCGGCCGGGGAGGUGCGGGAGUCGCCCGGGGGCUCGCCGGGCGCGAGCGGCGGGACGCGCGGCUCGCGCGCCGCCAAGCAGGCGGCGAUCGCGGCUAUACACCAGCUGGCCGUCUCAGAGCACCCGCGGGCGUCGAUGUGA